AUGCAUAUGAACUCUUCGAUACGACUCCCGGUAUAUCUGUUUGUGGUGUUCACCACCCGGUAUGCGUGGGCAAUGCCAGUAGUAAAAGGACCUCCAGUGUCGAGCAAGGAAGACACUGAGUCACUAGCAUCCCACGCCCUUGGAAUCUUUACAAACCCAGAUCAAAGGAGAAGAGAAAAUUCGCAGGCCAAUUAUGCAAGAGACUUCGCACGGAGUGGUGCCGACAAAGGUGCAAUCGUUGGAGGCACUGUUGCUGGCGGAAUCAUCAUUUGCUUCACGAUAUUUUUCGGCGUUCUCAUCUUCAAGAAAUAUCUUGCUUCCCAAGAAAAAGGCAAUAGAAGGAUUGCUGAUGGGAAACCUUUACGCCCACGCACUGAAACACCAGGAACAACGACUUCGGCUCACACUUCAUGGCGUCAGACGUUCAACCAUCGAGUAUCGGUCCCGUAUGCAGACUCUGUAUACUCUCAGAGAUCUCUCGGAAACACUUCAGCUGCCACUCAGAUCAGUAGAGCUUCAGCACAACCAAUUUUGCUGCCUACUGUACCAUCAAAGGCUGCCCAGAUGCUAGGAGUUGGAAAUACGCAAUCAACAACACCUCUUGCAAAGACACCUCUGUCUUCACCUCGCUUGCCAAUUAUACCCCUCUCAGAGAACUUUAUGCCAGAGACUCCUAUUCUUCAAUACUCUUCGUCCCAGAGUUCUCCGAAGCAAAGCCCUCUACGAAGGAACCCUCCAUUGCUGCCCCCUCCGCAGAAUCCUCCUCCUCAAGGUCCGCUGCCGCCUGUCCCUACCCAUGAGACACCAGCUGUUAUGGUGUCCAAGUCAUCCAGGAGCCCCCGGGAUCGUACAUCUUCCGUCUGUACCAUGAGUAGUCUUGGUAUGGAACUUCUCCGCGAUGUGAUGCAACCCCCUGAAAAGGCGUCCUUCCUUCGUUUACCACCGCCAAUCUCAAAAACAAACCAGCCGCCUCCCGUAGCCAUGAGAAAUUCCAAAGGGCAGAAUACAGUUCCUGAUAGACGAUAUUUUGUACCGUUGUUCAAGAACAAUGGACAACUGCCGAGUCCAACGUCGCCUGACGAGGGAGUGCUUUCAGAACGAGGGACAAGGAACAGAACGGAGAAUAUUAUCAAUUCCAAGGCGGAAACAGUGUUACGAGACUCUUCAAGGGCGGGGCUAUUCUCUCUCGGUUACAACAAAAUAUGA